GCCGCUCGGGCCGCUCGUCCGCCGCUCCGCUCUCCGCCGUGCAGCCGCGGCCCCAGCCCGCACCGGUCCUGGCGCCAUGUCUCAGAGCGGGGGCCCCGGACUGCAGCAGGAGGAGAAUCUUCAGGGCUCCUGGGUAGAGCUGCACUUCAGCAGUAAUGGGAGCAGCGCCCCGGCCUCGGCCUCCAUCUAUAAUGGCGACAUGGAGAAGAUUCUUCUGGAUGCCCAGCGUGAGUCUGGACGGAGCAGCUCCAAGAGCUCUCACUGCGACAGCCCACCUCGUUCGCAGACACCGCAGGACCCUGCCAGAGUGUCAGAAACAGACACCCAAAGCCUUGGGGAGAAGAACAGCUCUCAGUCCGAGGAGGAUUAUAUUGAGAGAAGGAAAGAAGUUGAAAGCAUCUUAAAGAAAAACUCAGACUGGAUAUGGGACUGGUCAAGCCGGCCAGAAAACACCCCUCCCAAGGAGUUCCUCCUCAGGCACCCGCGGCGCACGGCCACCCUCAGCAUGAGGAACACGAGCGCCAUGAGGAAGGGGGGCAUCUUCUCGGCCGAGUUCCUCAAGGUCUUCCUCCCGUCCCUGCUGCUGUCUCACCUUCUGGCCAUCGGACUGGGGAUCUACAUUGGUCGGCGGCUGACCACAUCCACCACCACCUUCUGAGGACCUGACCACAUGGUGUUGAGCACUGUGGCAUGGCCGACUGGACGCUGGCUGGGGCCCGGGCCGGCCUCACUGCUGCUCCUUCGCCCGGAGUUGGACAAGAGGCUGCACGGAGCAGGCCUGCGGGUGUCAGCCAGUGAGCAUGCUGGGCUGGCCUGUGCCGCCUCUAACAGUUUGAUCACAAGUUUCCUUAGGACAUUAGAUAGAAGUAUCUAGUAUAAGACGUAUUAUAGCAUUGAGAAGUCUAUCUGAAACCUUAAUCCAUUAACUAACUUCCGAAGAAUCAGUCUUUGAUAGGAAAAUCACUACAGGAAUGGUUUGAAAUAGCACUGUGGCCUUGCACUCACAUUGUUGUAGAAAGUGCGUUUAACUUAAACAGGUUCAGCUGCCAACUGAUGGUUGCUUAAUUACGCUGAUGGUCUGGGUCA